AUGACAAUGCUCUUGAGCUCAUUACAGGUACUUUUAAGCAUUUGCUCCCUUGCUCUCGCUGCUACAAUUAAGGGUAAAUUAGAAUUGGGCCCAUUUGAAAUUACAAACAGAGCAGUCGUCAAUACCCAUUUCAAGUUAUAUAGCGUGGGAAACAACUCUUUCGAGCCCUUUGCAGCUGAAGCGCAAAUAUCAGAUGUUAAUGGAUCGUUUGUGUUUACCGAUGUUCCUGUUUUACCUCAAGUCAAUUCUUCAACAUACUACGUUCUUCAUUCUUUAUCACUGGAUUUCAAUCUCAAACCUAAUAGAAUUCUUAUUGAGCUUACUAAUGUGGGCGAAGGUGAACCCACAAUUAAAGCAUACAAGAAUAUUUUUGGGAAAGAGUACUUUCCAUCGCCAGAAAUCAUGUAUCCUGAGCGUUUAGAAGAAAUAGCUGCAUAUCCUUACAUCACCAUCUCAACAAUUAACAAAGCCCCUUUAAGGAUGUACGUUCAGCAGAGAAACGUUGGCAUGUUCCAGAGCGGCCCCUUGGCUAGUAUUGUCAACUCGAAGUAUAAAAUGGCUGGUGUGAUUACGGUAAUAAUGAUGCUACUAUUUCCUAUGGUUCUAGAGAAGCUUGAUCCUGAAACUGCCAAGGCAGUCAAGGAAGAAAGAAUACGGAAGCAAAGGGAGAAAUACGAAACCAAAAAAGUCGAGCAGAAUAGUUCAAGUGCUGAUUGA